AUUGGUAUCAUUCAGUGGUUCUUUCGCGGUGCGGUACCGGUGGAAUACGCGUAUUACGGAUACCAAUUUUGUUCACUGGUUUAAAGUUGCGUGAAAUUUGUUUGUUUCAGUGAUUUUAUGGUUCAAUUUUUGAAGGUUUGUUUGUGUUAAUUCAUAAAUAUGUCCACGACGGCAUCGGCUUUUUAUCUAAUAUGUUGUUUUCAAAUGGUGUUAAAUGUGAGGCUGGAUGUUAUAAACCAAUGGAACUUCUUAGACUUCGAUUUGCCAUUCAAUUUUGAUUAUAGGGAUGUCAAGCCAGAAAACACCCUCUUCACAGGCCUCGAAGUAACCGCCGAUCGUCUCUUUUUAGCCAUGCCACGGUUGCGUGCCGGAGUGCCCGCCACCUUGGCGACCAUCCCCAGAAACACCCCCAAGGGCUCAAGUCCCAUUCUGAGGGCGUUUCCUGAUUGGUCCUUUCAUGGCGCCGCCAGGGGUGAUGUCAAUUGUUCCAAUCUUAUUUCUGUCUACAGGAUGAGAAUAGAUUCGUGUAAUAAUUUGUGGGUUUUGGAUUCUGGAGUUCUAAACUCUCUAGAUGAAUUCACCAGAGUAUGUCAACCAAAAUUGGUCGUUUUUGAUUUAUUUAGAGAUCAAAUUCUCCGUACCGUUUAUCUUCCUAGUGGAGUUCUUAGACCUUCUUCUCUUUUAACGAAUCUCGUAGUGGAUGAAAGUAUUCAGGGGCGUUGUGAUUCUUCUUUUGUUUAUAUGACUGAUACAGCUGCACCAGGACUGAUUGUAUAUGAUGGUUUAAGAGAUACAGCAUGGAGGUUCACACAUCCUACAAUGUUUCCAGAUCCUAAUUUUGGCGAUUAUAAUAUUAAUGGCGAGUCUUUUAGUCUUAUGGAUGGCAUUGUAGGAAUAACACAUUCGCCGAAACUAGCAACUGUAUAUUUCCAACCUUUAGCAACAGACAGAAUCUUCAGUAUUCCUACAUCAACGUUAAUUAAGGGCCCACCUGCCGAAUUUGAAAAGUUACCUAUAGCAUUCGUAGGAAAAAAAUCGUCUCAAGGAUUAGGACUAACACUUAACCUUUUAGAUGAAACUAUCUAUUUUAGUCCUUUAACGGAAACAUCAGUGGCAUCGUGGAAUCCGCUUACUAAUGGACAAACUUUGUUGGCGUACGAUCCUGAUCAACUCCAAUUUUGUGCUGAGUUAAGAUGGAAAAAUGAUGGGUAUCUUUGGAUUUUAAGUACAAGAUUCCAAAGAUUUUUCUUAAAGACUGUAUCUGAACAGGAGUUAAACUUGAGGAUUGUUCGAAUACCAUACAGGAAAAACACGAUUCACCGAGGAGUUAACGAUCUAGUUUUUUAAUUUUACGUAAUUUAUUUUGGAAUGUACCUAUGCGAAACUUGAAAAUUUUGUAUGGGUACAAGUUUAGUUUAUACAGUGCGUCCAAAAAGUAACGCAUAAAUUCAUUCUUUCGUAAACCGGUGAUAUUAAUUAAGGAAAAAUCCCGAAACAGGUCGAUUUUAUUUUUAAAUUCUGAUUUUUUGACAUAUAUGUCAUACUAGUGACGUCAUCCAUCUGGGCAUGAUGACGUAAUCGAUGAUUUUUUUAAAUGAGAAUAGGGCUCAUGUGAUAGCUCAUUUGA